CAGUUUGUCCUGUGUGGGACACCGUCUUCCCGGAACUCAAUCAUUGUAUACACACUGGAAACCCAUGCCGACAGCGAUACAAACGACAUGGACGAAGUGUUCACACCUCUGGACUGCCUUCUACCCUCAGGAACCCAGAAGAUUUGUCUCAUCAUCCUAAAUCAACCUUUGGAGGAGAACUACCUGGAUGUCCUCUGGAGUAAAGCACUGCUGCGUGCCUGCGCAGACGGAGGAAGCAACCACCUCUAUGACCUCACGGCUGGGAGACGAGAGAGUUUCCUCCCAGACUACAUAAGCGGAGACUUUGAUUCCAUAAAGCCUGUGGUCAAGGCCUUCUAUGGAGACAAGAACUGCAAGCUCAUAGAAACGUCGGAUCAAGACCUGACUGACUUCACAAAGUGCCUGGCCAUCAUGGUGGAGAAAAUUAGAGAGCAGCAACUGCAGGUGGACACUAUAGUGACCCUGGGCGGCCUGGCGGGCAGAUUUGACCAAACAAUGGCGUCCGUUGAGACCCUGUUCCACGCUCAGAGGUUGACUGACCUCCCUGUAGUGGUGAUACAGGGCACAUCACUGGCUUACCUGCUCAGAGAGGGGAGAUGUCACCAUUUGAAUGUGAGCACAGGACUAGAGGGGGCGUGGUGCAGUCUGAUCCCCGUCGGAGGCCCCUGCCUCACCCAGACCACCGGCCUCAAGUGGAACCUCCAUAAACAAGUGCUCGAGUUUGGAAAGCUGGUGAGCACGUCCAACACUUAUGAGCCUCAUGAUCCAAGCGAGGGGAGGAAACUUGUGACUGUGACUUCAGAUAAGCCUCUGCUAUGGAGCAUGGGAAUUCACAUGAAGUAGCUUAAGCUUUUUUUCCCCCUCCAGUGGACCAACACUUGAAUGAAAUGUCUACAAAGUGCCUUUGCCAUUAAUAACGGAUGCCAUUUCAUAGUUAUUUUCCCUCACUGAUUAUUUAUUAACAAACAGCCCCACAAACACUCAAAGUAAAAAUCCUUCACUCAACCCAGUCAGUCGCAAUCAUGAUUUGGAAUAGUCAGCAUACAUAGGAUAGGAACGUAGGAUUUAGCCGCCACUGUAAAGAAAAACAGAGGACCUGUAUGUUAUCCAUCAAUGUGACCCUAGUCUGGACCAAAAUAUAUGUACUGAAUGCUACAACAGUUACAUAUGUUUUGUUUGAAAUAUUAUGCUCUUUAAUAUACUGUAUUGAUCAACAUGAAAAUCAAAACAAGUUAUCUUUUCUAUUCUAACAUUUUUAA